CCCCCAUUCUCCCUCCCCCUUCUCCCUCUUCUCUUCUUCCUCAUCUCACAUCGUCUCUAUAGCUACCUACCUUCAUCUCUCUCUAGAGCUAGAGCUAGCACACAAGAGAGAGGGAGAGAGAGAGAGAGAGAGCGCUUGGUUGUUGGCGUGGUGGAUGGCGCAAGAUGAUGAGGACGUGGGUCUAGCUCUGGGCCUCUCCCUGGGCUCCGGCGGCCACAGGCGGCAGAGAGAAAGUAGAGACGAAGCGCCGUCGUCGGCGGCGGCGUCCCUGCUGACGCUGAGGCUCCCGGCAGAGAGCGGGGGGCAGCCGCAGGUGGUGGUGAAGAGGGAGGUGGUGCGGGCGGAAGAGGAGGAGUACGAAUACGAGUACGAGAGGGCGCUCUACUCGUCGUCGGCUGCGGCGGCGGACGACGACGAGGGCUGCAACAGCCGGAAGAAGCUGAGGCUGAGCAAGGAGCAGUCGGCUCUGCUGGAGGAUCGCUUCAAGGAGCAUAGCACUCUCAACCCUAAGCAAAAGGUUGCUUUGGCGAAGCAGCUAAACCUGAGGCCAAGGCAAGUUGAGGUGUGGUUCCAAAACAGAAGAGCCAGGACGAAGCUGAAGCAGACGGAGGUGGAUUGCGAGCUUCUGAAGCGCUGCUGCGAGACGCUGACGGAGGAGAACCGACGCCUCCAUCGUGAGCUCCAGCAGCUCAGGGCUCUGACCCACUCCACCGCCGCCGGCUUCUUCAUGGCCACCACCCUCCCCGUCCCCGCCGCCACGCUCUCCAUCUGCCCCUCCUGCGAGCGCCUCGCCACCGCCGCCGCCGCCGGAGCUUCCCCCACCGCCGCCGCCGACCGCACCAACAAGCCCACCGCCCCGCACUUGUUCAGCCCUUUCGCCAAGUCCGCCGCCUGCUAGCUAAAUUAAUCUCGAUCAUCAUCCUCUCCCUGCAUAUGCAUGCUAGCAUGAUUAAUUAAUUAAUCAUCAUAUCAGUGUGUAGUGUACAUAUAUAUAGUUUAUAGUAGUACAUAUAUUAAUUCUUGCAUGCAUGCUUGCAUCUAGUAGUAAAUAUAUAUGGCUAUAGCUAGUUAGCUCAUCGAUCAGCUGGCUCUCUCAUGCAUAUGUUCACCCCCUCUGCUUUAAUUAGUUAGCUUCAUUUUUUCACAAGUUAAUUAAUGUGUGAGGAGGAUGGACUGAGCACUGCCGGCCGCAUCUAGGAUCGAUCCAGAAAUCAAACAAAAUUUUAAUUCAAGUUGUUGGUUUUGCUUGCAUCUAGCUAUAGAUGGUCACUUACUGGUGAUGAAUUUUAUUGUCAGGGGAGUUAAGAGUGUUGUAGUUAGAUGACGACGACAUGACACCUAGCUAGCUAGCUAGCUCACACACAUAUAUAUACUGUACUCUGUACGUGAUCCAUGUAUUAUAUUGAUUUGUUUCAGAAAUAUUAUAUAUCAAUGUAUAUUGAUUUGUUUAAUUCUUCAGAGAUUA